AUGGUGGUGAUGGUUGAGAUGGUGGUGGUGAAAGUGGUUAUGGUGGUAGUAAUGGUGCUGGUGAUUGUGGUGUUGGUGAUGGUGUUAAUGGCGGUGGUAUUGGUGAUGAUGAUGAAGGUGAUGGUGAAGAUGAUGGUUGUGACUGUUGCUGUUGCUGAUUGUUGGGGUGGCUCUGGUGGUGGUGGUGAUGGGAUAGUUGAUGGUUCUGAUGGUGGUAAUGGUGAUUGGAAUGGUGGUGGUGAUGGUAGUUGUGUAGGCGAUGACGACGAUGAUUGUGGUGGAAAUGAUGGCUGUGAUGGUGGCGGUGGUGGUAAUUGUGAUGGUGAUGGUGGUGUUGACGUUGAUGAUGAUGGAAAUAGUUGUGAUUGUGGUGUUGGGGGUGAUGUGUUGGGGAUUGUGAUGAAAGUGAUGGUGGUGGUGAUGAAAGUGAUGGUGGUGAUUGUGGUUGUGUAG